UUACAUCUUACGAUGGGUGACUCUCUCGUGAACUGGACUACGACGCGUUUGUCAGAGCUAUACGCAGCUCCCGAGCCCGAGCCUACAGGGAAAGCAACUGAACAUGUUGACCGCGCUACACAACUCAGUUCACUUCUGGGCACAACUUUCGCACCAGAGGCGGAAAUCUAUCUCAAUCACAAACGCGUUGAGCAGGCUGCUUUUGCCGAUUUUCUGAACCAAGGCCGCGCAUUAACGACGAGAGACGAAGUCCAAUGCAAUAACGAAGACUGCGUCGAAACCCCUUUGGAUCAGGAAAACCCAGAGGCUGGGAGCAUUGUUGCAGGGACGGCCACAGUCAUUCACACCCAUCCGUGGCGGAUACGGGCUGCACCUGCCAAGACACGCAUUAUCAUUGUCUUCAGCGCAAAAAUCACCAAGUCCCCCGAACCGCGAAUUGUCCAGUUGUUCCAUACCUGGGCGUCGAAGCCUUUCCCGAUUAUCAUGCCCCACCAGCAAGUCAGCAAUGCCUUGUGA